UUACUCUGGCUUACUCCCCCUCUCAGAAGCCAUUUUGGACUCAGUUCAGUUUCUUGCAUGUGAAUAUCGGACCCUGUCCUCAGCCAUUCACCACUACACAGUAGAAAAGGUUAACGCGCACCGCGGAGCGAGAAAAUUGUUCUUUGAAACAUCGAGUUUAUUUUACCUUGUCGAUUUUACAUCCUGGAUUCGACCGACUCUUUCCCAAUGGAUUUGUUUAUAUUUAAAACUUGUUUUUAGCCCGUGCAAUUUUGUUGCAUUGGGGGGCUGUACACACAAAAGCAACGCAAACUCUUGGUGCGGUGGACAUCGAAGGCCUUGGGACAUUUGGCUCGUUGUGUUGUGCUAUCAUCUUUUUAAAUGUUCGCAAAGGAAAAGAGGUUAAAAAGGAGAACAUCUGGUGUGUUUCUUUUUAAUUAAAGGAAUAUGUUUGCUUCCUGUCUGACUUUUGCACUUCUGGGAACUUUUUGUGCAGGACCAAGUCAUGGAGAGGUGGACACACAGGAGUGCUUGUUCUAUAACAUCAACUAUGAGAUUGAGAAGACCAACCAGAGUGGGGUAGAGCGCUGCGAGGGUGAGAAGGACAAGCGGUCGCACUGCUACGCCUCAUGGCGAAACAACUCUGGUACCAUAGAGCUGGUGAAGAAGGGCUGCUGGCUGGAUGACUUCAACUGCUAUGACAGGCAAGAGUGUGUGGCGACAGAGGAGAAUCCUCAGGUGUUCUUCUGUUGCUGCGAGGGGAACUUCUGCAACGAGAGGUUCACUCACCUGCCUGAUAUCAACGGACCAUUGAUCAAGUCGCCUCCCCCCAUGCCCACACUACUCAAUGUGCUGGUCUACUCACUGCUGCCCAUCACCAUGCUCUCCAUGGCCCUGCUGCUGGCCUUCUGGAUGUACCGCCACCGCAAGCCACCCUAUGGCCAUGUGGACAUCAAUGAGGAUCCUGGCCUCGUUCUCCCUCCCUCCCCCCUGGUAGGUCUCAAACCCCUGCAGUUGCUGGAGAUUAAGGCCAGGGGGCGCUUUGGCUGUGUGUGGAAGGCCCAGAUGAUGAACGACUACGUGGCUGUCAAGGUUUUCCCCAUUCAGGAUAAACAGUCGUGGACGAACGAGCGGGACGUGUUCCUAACACCGGGGAUGAAGCACGAGAACCUGCUGCGCUACAUCGCCGCCGAGAAGCGCGGGACCAACCUGGAGAUGGAGCUGUGGCUCAUCUCUGAGUUCCACGAGAGGGGCUCCCUGACGGACUAUCUGAAAGGGAAUGCAAUCAGCUGGACUGAGCUGUGCCACAUCGCUGAGACCAUGGCCUGCGGGCUGGCCUACCUGCACGAAGAUGUGCCUCGCUACAAAGGAGAGGGACCCAAACCGGCCAUUGCUCACAGGGACUUCAAGAGUAAGAAUGUGAUGCUGCGGACGGACCUGACGGCCAUCAUCGGGGACUUUGGGUUGGCGGUGCGGUUCGAGCCGGGCAAGCCCCCAGGGGACACUCACGGCCAGGUGGGUACCAGGCGCUACAUGGCGCCGGAGGUCCUGGAAGGUGCCAUCAACUUCCAGCGGGACGCCUUUCUCAGGAUAGACAUGUACGCCAUGGGCCUGGUGCUGUGGGAGCUGGUGUCGCGCUGCAAGGCGGCCGACGGCCCAGUGGAUGAGUACAUGCUGCCGUUUGAGGAGGAGAUCGGCCAGCACCCGUCCCUGGAGGACUUACAGGAGGUGGUGGUCCACAAAAAGAUGAGACCGGUCUUCAAGGACUGCUGGCUCAAACACGCUGGCCUGGAGUCUAUGUGUGAGACGAUAGAGGAGUGCUGGGACCAUGACGCGGAGGCGCGCCUCUCUGCUGGCUGCGUGGAGGAGCGCAUCUCGCAGAUCCGCCGGCUGACCAGCCCCCCUACCUCGGACUGCCUGGUCUCCAUGGUGACCUCUGUCACCAACGUGGACUUGCCACCCAAAGAGUCCAGUAUCUGAGUCUCAACCCGACCACCAACCCUCCCAACGCAGAGCGGCAAGCAAGCAUACAAAACAACCACUCGUCUUCUUAAGCCUCAGCGGAUCUCAGAAAAAAAAACAUGAAUGCAGCUGCUAUUUUAUCCUGAAUUUUUUUAAUGAUUAAUUAUUAUUAUUUUUAUUUGAUUUCCGAUCGGAUCACUAUUACCAGCACACUUCUUCUAUACUGUUUUUUUUUAUCAAUACAGGGCAAAAAAAGCUAAAUGGACAUCUCAAAAGCGCAUUCAGGUGCCGACUUAUGAAUGCUGACAAGGUGCAGGUACCUCAGAUGUUUUCAGCUCUCAGUAGUUUCUUUGGGUUUAGUUUAUUCCUCUUUUUCUGUCUUCUGGACAGGAUUGCCUGUGACAGAACCAACCAACUCACCCACCAACCAAGCAACCAUCUACCACGUUGGACAAUACAACAAUGCUGCAUAAACCUUGUAGGAACAUUAAGACUGUUACACACAACUAACCUUCCUCAAGGGAUUUUAGUUUUCAGAAAACAUUUCCUUUCCGACAGCGUGUCCCAUACAAACCUUCGGAACUAACGGGUGUCUCUAGAACACAGGGCAAAGUGGAAAACAACAGGACUCAUUUCUUUUAGGUUUUUUCUGUGUUCAGACUGGUGACUAUGGAUGGGGUUGGCUACAGCAUUCUUAUGAGUGCAUGUUGAAAGGUUCAAAAGGAAAUGGCUUACAUUCAGAGAUUGGACAUCACAUCAUCUGGAUAGUGCGUUUGGUAUGGAACUACUUCUCAGGUAACCAGUCUCAAGGGGCAGGAGAUGUUGAUUUGAGGUGAUAUCGCAACGCGUCCCGUAAAGUAGGGCGAGAGCCACAACUGCCGCCCUUGAGUGGUCGGAGGGGGCAAACUUUAGUGGGAGGGGCUUUUCUGACUUGGUUCAGAGCCUUUAUCUGAGAUCAAAAUGGAGUCUAAACACAGAACGUGCCCAAACAACCACAAAAAAACACAAUCGGUGCAAGACCCUGGGGAAGAUAUGUAUGCAUUUUGGGUGGGUGUGUGUUUGCGUGUGACUACUUGUGCAGUGAGAGUGACUGUGGGUGUGUGUGUGUUUGCGUGUGACUACUUGUGCAGUGAGAGUGACUGUGUGUGUGUGUGUGUGUGUGUGUAGCGGAGAGGGAUGGAGAUUAAGACCAUAAAAAGUUUCAGCCGUAAACAUCUGAAGAUAAGUUAAAUGUAUUUUUGUUCAGUUUUUUUCUCCUCCUUUAUUUCAGUCAGUAGAUUGGACAUUGGGAGAUAAGGACCUAGACUCUUCUCCACAGAGGCCCAUCCUAGGCCUCAGCAAAAGCCUAUAUCCUUCACUAGUGUUGAGUGGGAGGGAAUACAGUUGAAUCAUCACUGCCUGGUCCCUUUGUUAUUUGCCUCUUUCGCACAGGGACCAAACUUAGUUUGUACCGGGUAGGUCCUGCAUUGUAGAACCGUUUUUGACAGGGCACUGAGCGUAACAAGCGGUUUAAACUUAACUUCAUUACGAUUAGUUACACGUUCUCAUUCAUUAGAAGGAAAAAUAGAAACUGAAAACGAACAUGGAACUUUUUUUGUCUUAAAAGUGGCACGCAAGAAACCACAUUUCCGUAUGCCAUAAUGUAACAGUGAAUGUCCACAAUGCUGCUGUUUCAACUCAAAGAUGAAUAUAUUUCUGUGUUCCUUUUUUCUGUGCAUUACACGUGCAACUCUCAGUAGUAAAGGAAACAUGCUAAAACAGCAAAAGUCAUGUCUACCAACGUACAAGGCUUCCGAGGUGAACAAUAAAAUCUAGUAGAGAAAACAUAAAACGAAACGCAAAAAAAACAAAAAACAUGAAUGAACCACAGACCACCUCAAACCAGAAAUACCUCAGAUUUUUCUACGUGUAUGAGUUCUGUUAUAUAUUUUGUUAGUUGUGUUGACUUGUAUUAAGUAUAUUUUAAUGUGAGUUUUUUUUGGCUUAUAUGAUUAGGGAGUUUUGGAAAAAUAGUGCUACCGCAACAUGUUGUAUAAAUGAAAGAAAAUAGUGUAAAUAGCUGUAUACAGUUGUAGUAUUCUACCAAUAUAUGAAACCUAGGCAUUAUUCAUGAUUUGUGCUGGCUCCCCCCCUCUCCGUUACCUAAAGGGACAUUGAACCUUGUAUUUGAUUUUCCUCCCAGAAAAACAAAUAUCCACCCACCACCACCACCACCGUGUCUCACCUGUAAUAUUUUUGCAUACCCCAGGAUAUACCUUGGGUUUGUCAUUGCUUUUAAAAUGUAUUUUAAUGACUUAUCCCAUUCCUCUAUAAAAAAAGAAAGCAUUUAUACAGAAAAGACAAAUUGAGAACUAAGAGAUACCAUUGAAUUUCCUUAUACAAAGCAACGCAUCUCCAAAUUAGUUUCUCGAUUUAUAGCGUUCUAACUUUUUAAAGCAUAGUCAUAUUUUUAUGAAAUUGUUCUCAAUUGAUGAUUGAUUUGAUAGCGCCUUUGAGGGGGGGGGGUAGUGUCCCUGGAUUCUCAUCCCUUCAUCUCCUUUCCUCACACAUUGACUGACGAGACACCACGGCGGCGGCUUCAGCACCUUAGCACUACAUCCUACAGACGAGAGCUUUAAGUUUUAUUCACGGUGUCAUACGUUCUUUUAAGGUUCUACAUCAUUUACCAGUGUUCCGCAUGUGUGUAAGUGGAACCAUGUGCGCAGAGGCUUUCAGGGUGUUUUAGGUAUACCCAUGGAGAAAGAA